AUGUACUACAAUGGAAUCUAUCACCUGUUUUAUCAGUACAACCCCAAAGGGGCUGUAUGGGGCAACAUAGUAUGGGCUCAUUCGGUGUCGAAGGAUUUGAUCAACUGGGAAAGAGUAGAGCAUGCAAUGUAUCCAUCGAAGCCCUUUGACAAAUACGGAUGCUGGUCUGGUUCAGCCACGAUCCUCCCAGGAAACAGGCCUAUUAUCCUCUACACAGGGAUUGUCGACAAGAAUUUCACAGGGGUUCAGAACUAUGCCAUUCCUGCUAACCUCUCAGACCCAUAUCUUCAAGUGUGGAUCAAACCUGACAACAACCCUUUGAUUGUUGCUGAUGAAUCUAUCAACAAGACAUCUUUCCGGGACCCGACAACAGCUUGGUUGGGCGGAGAUGGAUGCUGGAGGUUGAUAGUAGGCAGUGGGAUGAAAGAUCGGGGGAUUUCGAAUUUGUACAGGAGCAAGGACUUCAUGCACUGGACCAAGGCCAAACGUCCAUUUCAUUCUACUCCAUGGACAGGGAAUUGGGAGUGCCCUGAUUUCUUCCCUGUAUUGGUUAAUGGCGAGACAGGGAUGGAGACAUCUGCAACAGGUCCGGAUGUGAAGCAUGUCCUAAAAGUAAGCCUGGAUGAAACCAGGUAUGAUUAUUACACCAUAGGUACAUAUGACAAUGAGAGGGAUAGAUAUGUGCCUGAUCCAGAUAUGGUAGACGGCCGGAAUGGAUUGAGGUACGACUACGGCAACUUUUAUGCCUCAAAAUCCUUUUUUGAUCCCAAAAAGAAGAGAAGGGUUCUGUGGGGUUGGGCAAAUGAAUCAGACACCACAGAGAAUGAUGUCAAGAAGGGGUGGGCAGGUAUUCAGCUGAUCCCCCGUACAAUUGUGCUCGAUCCGAAUGGGAGACAGUUGAGGCUGUGGCCAGUUGAGGAAGUGAAGACAUUGAGAGGGGAUAAGGUGGAAAUGAACAACCAGAUGCUUAGCAAGGGAGAAUCUGUGGACAUCAGAGGAAUAACAGCUGCACAGGCUGAUGUUGAGGUGAGUUUCUCAUUUGAGAGUUUGGAAAAGGCUGAGGUGUUCGAUCCAAGUUGGGAUAGAAAUGAUGCGGAAAAGUUGUGUACGCAAAAGGGGUCGAUUGUUGCGGGGGGUUUAGGACCAUUUGGGAUCUUGACAUUGGCUUCAGCAAAGCUUGAAGAAUACACUGCUGUCUUUUACAGAGUUUUCAGAGAUCAGGACAAGCAUAUAGUUCUUAUGUGCUCUGAUGCAUCUAGGUCUACAUUGGAAGAUGGGAGAUCCUCAAUGGUGGAUGGGAAGGAUGCAUACAGACCUUCAUUUGGGGGGUUCGUAAGGGUCGACUUGAGUGAAACUACUCUUUCUCUCAGGGCUUUGAUUGAUCAUUCUGUUGUGGAGAGCUUUGGGGAAGAAGGGAAGACUGUCAUUACAUCAAGGGUUUAUCCAUCUCUUGCACUACAUGACAAAGCCCAUUUAUUUGCAUUCAACAAUGGAACUCAACCUGUCAGAAUUGAUAAUCUGAAAGCUUGGAGCAUGAACAAGCCUCAGGAGAUGAACCAGUAAAGUGCAUGUACAAUGACUUAUAUAAGUAAGUUAGGUAGCUGGCCAGGUUGUUUAAGGAUUAUUAGCAAUUGGAAGUACUGUUUGUAUUCAAUGCCCAGAAUUGGACCCUACUUCAAUUUUCAGCACACAGAAGAUUCUGGAAGCUGUAGUUUCAAUGAUUUCAAGGGUGUAAUAAUAUCUUUCCGUAUAUAUAGGGCUUGAAAAAAGGGCACGCACGACGUUACAUUACUGGUACAGAUUAAAACAGCAAGAGA